CUUCAGCUUCCGGUUUAUCAGCGCGGGAAAUUCGUUCGGUAGCAUUUGGAGAGUCCAUUGUGCAGUUUUUGGAAAACCGUCAAACCACCAUGCUCGGCCGGGAAAAUAACUCCAGUUCCACCAGCGCCCUCGAUGUUGUCAUUGAUGCAGGAGAGAUUGAGGAGAAAGAUUCUGAUCUUCGUCCGAUGACACCGACAGUUAUGGUGACUUGCAAGAAACGGAAGAGAUCGUCUUUCAAAGGCCCAAUGAGAAUGACUGAGAAAGUCCGGGAAGACAUCCGCUCCAUGCUGAAGGCUGUUCCUAAGAUUGAUGAGUUGUUCACGGUGGUUGAUAAAAUAGGAGAAGGUACUUUCAGUUCUGUGUAUCGAGCCACUUUGAAGAAGGCUGCUGACACUUCACAGGAGUUUGCUCUGAAGCACAUCAUCCCAACAAGCCACCCUGAUCGUAUCCUCAGCGAACUCAGCUGCUUGGUCAAAAUAGGCGGCUGCCAUAAUGUGAUGGGAGUUAAACUGACAGUGAGGGAGAAAGACAACAUUGUCAUCGUCAUGCCACACUUCAAACACAAUAGAUUUCAGGAUUUUUACCAUGACAUGACUGUUGAAGAAGUUCAAGAUUAUCUGAGAGCCCUCUUCACAGCCCUUAGGAGAGUCCACAGAUUCAACGUGAUCCACCGAGAUGUCAAGCCAGGAAACUUUCUCUAUGACAGACAGUCCAGAAAAUAUGCUCUUGUCGACUUUGGCCUUGCUCAGGCAGUACCAACCAUAUCAACUCUCAAGGCAUCGGGGAAGAAGUCAACUCUAGGGGGCGUCCUACACCAUGAUACCCCAAGACCACCUCUAGCCAGGAAGAACACUCGGAGGGCUGCAUCAGCUUCAGAGAAUAAGGUUCCUUCCAGGGUUGAACCAAAGAGGACUCAAUCUGAAAGUCUUUCCAAAGCCCCUAGGCUUGUAGAACUCGACCCCAACACAUUCCAUUCCACCGACAAGUCAUCCCGCGACCGUAGCAACCACAAACAGGACUCCAUCAAUGAAGAUGACCUCAAGAAGAACGUAACUACGACGAUAGCAAGAGGAAGCGAGAACACCGGCGAGGGUGUUGUCAUCGCUCCGCCUAAGGAGAAGAAGCCGACAAAGCCGCCCAAGCCAGUCGUUCUCACUAGGAACUGCGCUGCCAUCACUACCAGGGGUGUGGCCAAGAAGACGCAGGAGGUGCCGAAGACACCUCAGGGUGUGUGCAGAUGUUACGGCUUGCCUCAGGUCUGUGAUGUCUGUAUGGCAAGGAAGAACCAGGCAGCACCUAGAGCAGGUACUCCGGGCUUCAGGUCACCAGAGGUGCUCCUGAAGUGCCCUGACCAAACAACAGCUGUAGACAUAUGGGCUGCAGGCGUCAUCUUCCUAUCGAUUCUGAGUGGGCGUUAUCCAUUCUUCAGAGCUCCGGACGAUUGUACCGCCCUCGCUCAGAUCAUGAGCAUUAUGGGAACGGAAGAAACCACCGAAGCCGCCAAGGCUAAUGGCAAGAAUCUAUUGUGCAAUGUGAAACUCCCAGCUAUGGAACUAAAGACAAUGUGUCGUCAGUUAAGACUAGGUGCCAUCCAGAGCCGUCACACCAAGAGUUCUCAGAGCAACGGUGAGUCCUCGAAACGACGAAGACGCAGCGUGAACCAGACCUCGCCACCCAAAGACGAGGCCGUUGUCGGCAGCCCGGGAUCGCUGCGGAGUGAAGGAAGUGUCGGCAGUGAGGAAGGUCUUGAAGAUCGAUUCCCAGACUCAGCUUAUGAUCUUCUUGGACGGCUACUAGAGCUUGAUCCUCACAAGAGGAUAACGGCAGAACAAGCCCUCAAGCAUCCUUUCCUGGUUGAGGCUGUAUGAUGUUAACUUUUCUUCCGCUAUCUAGCUUCAGAUCAUUCCAUUUUAUAUGGUCAGGGUCGUUUCAUAUAGUUAUUUGUAAGUUCUGCAUGACUUUACACACGACUGCUAACCCUUUGUUAUGGUAAAUGAUAUAUCUAUGGAGUCUUUGCAUUCAUUGCACACCCUGUCAAAAAUAACAAAAAAAAAUUUGCUUGACAAAAUUUUCGGACAAAUUUGACCCAAUAAAAGUCCGACUCUGGAUUCUUAGGACCUAAGAACACUUCCAUUUCAUGCCAAAGUCAUGUAUGACUUUACGAACAGUGUUAUGAAACACUACACAGUGCUCAUGCAUUGUUGUCUGUCAUAUAGAUAUAGCACUGCAGGGAUGACCUUUAGGCUCUUUGAUUGCACCAUCUAAGAGUUACAAUGGGUGAUUUCAAGUUCGAUGUUUGGUGUUGGUGUUGAGAGCGUGAAAAGGCUGCUGAACCGAGCUGGGUUCAGAGGAGUGAUACCGAUCCUUCUAUCGAUAGCCUAUAACGUCACGCCUCCGCGCUGAGCUGCAAGUUCAUCUCAACUUUACGCGAGAACUUCUCGACGACAAAAGUGGAAUCAGGGAAAAAUUACAGUAAAAUGUUAUCGUACAGAAUGCAAAGGCUAAAAUCACUUCAAGAAUCCGAAAGAGUAAAUAUUAUUGUCCAUUGAAAUGUUUAAGGCUCUAAUGAUUUGCACUCAUUUUAACUGUUCGGGGGGGGGGGGGGGGGGUUAAAGAAUUUUCGAGUAUGGAUCGGAAUCAUUCAGCGAACGGUAAAUAGUUUGCUGAAUAAUCAAUAUUUAUAAUUGUUACAAUUUGUUUAUAUUUGUAACCUUAUUGUAAUUCUCAAAACUACCAUCAAGUCUGGUGGUAGAUUUUUAUGUUUUGUAUCUCCUUUCGAAAUGCUGCCUUCCAUGGAGAUAUUGCUACCUCUUUAUAGUUCAUACCAUGGACCUACUACUCCAAGUUCAUUACCCACAUUCUCUUACUAUUUUCAAGUAAAUGAUAUAAACAGAAGACACCUUUGUAAAAGUCAGAGCUUUGCCUUUCUCACAGGAAUCCUGAAUGCAUCUGUUGAUCACUUAUCUUUACACUCCAAUCCAUCUUGGGGAAAACAAGAGAAGAAUGUAAGAUGUUCUGGAAAGAUGCACAGCAGGAAUUGUUCUGAAAGACAGCAUUAACUUUUGACAAGGUGUCUAUUUUGUGCUUUUAGGUGUAUAUUCUCUGAUUAAUUAAUUGGAACAAGUUAAUUGUUUGCAUUUUGACUGCAUAUUCUUUUGUAAAUUAUCUUUUAAUAUGAAGUUAUUUAUUCUGAUGUUUUUAUAACAGAAGAUUUUUCAAUAAAAUACAUAAAUGAGAAGAAUU